GCCUCACUGACACAUGCGCGCGUCAACAUCUAUCAGCCAGUCCCGUAACCCGAUCGCGACGACCCUCGGCUAUAGACUCGCCAUCCACGACACGACACGACACGACACGACACGACACGACAUACAAGGAAACGCCGCAGGAGCUGGUCACGAGCCAAGAGAGCAGCCCACCAUGCCGGCCACGGGGGACCUCAUCGACUUCGACGUGAUUGAGGGCCACAAGGAAAACAUCCAGUCCUUGCCCGGCGGCCGUUCCGCGAAGAAGCUCGCCGACCUCUACUCGCCCUCGCCCCUGCACAAGCUGUCGACGCCGACGCCUUCAGACACGAAGAACGUCAACGACUGCAUCCGCGCAGAGUACGAGGCCGAGGUGCAGAACAUCUCCGAGUCAGACGAUCCCCUCGAUGUGUUUGACCGGUACGUCCGAUGGACGCUCGACGCGUACCCAUCGGCGCAGGCAACGCCGCAGUCCCAGCUGCAUACCCUGCUCGAGCGAGCGACCAAGACCUUCAUCAGCUCAGCCCAGUACAAGAACGACCCGCGCUACCUGAAGCUCUGGGUCUACUACAUCCAAUUCUUCUCAGACGCGCCGCGUGAGACGUACAUGUUCCUGUCUCGUCACGGCAUCGGAGAGGGCCUCGCUUUGUUCUACGAAGAGUACGCCGCCUGGCUCGAGGGCGCCGACCGGUGGGCGCAAGCGGGUGAGGUGUACAAACUGGGCAUCGAGCGCGAGGCCCGACCAGUCCAGCGGCUGCUGCGCAAGUUCAAGGAGUUUGAGGAGAGGCUCGCCCAGCAGCCUGACGGCGCGGACGAGCCGUCGUCACCCGCGCUGCCUACGAUGCGACCAGCUCUAGCGGCCAAAAUGGACCCCUUUGGGGCCGCUUCCCGGCCUGUCGAUCCGCAAGCGCCACGGCAAACGAAUGGGAUCGGUGGGUCUGGGCCCUCGUCGAAGCCAGCCAAGUCGAAGCUGGCCAUCUUUUCUGACGCCGACGCGAAGCCGGCUCCCCUUUCGUCGAGGAGUGAGGGCUCGAAAGGUUGGGACACCAUCGGCUCCUUGGCCGACCGCAAGAAAGAAAACACGAUGGAGCCAAAGCCAUGGGUUGGAGAGACGCUCAAGGCUGGAGGGAAGAAGAACACGGCCGCGGCAAAGAUGGCCGUGUUUAGGGAUCCGAACUAAUUUCUUUUAUUGGCAUUGGCGUUCUCGUGUAUUUCAGUCUCUAUCUCAAAUAAACAACAUCGUCGUUGUUCCUUCCAAGAAUCAAGUGACGGUGCACCCGCAGACGGGCAAGAAGGAAUGCAUCUUUGUUGACCUUGCGGCCAUCUACCCGACUCCGGAAGAGCAAGGCACGGAGCUGAGUUUCGAGGAGAUUGUCGCCGCGAACCGGGGCUGGCUCGACCACACCUGGGAUGAGGAGACGGUGGACCGCAGUAUCGUGGCAGAGCCUGACCGUGCGCUACACGAUAUCGACGAAAUCAGCAGCGACAUGGUUGAUAAGCUCGUGGUCCGGCAAGAUGGCCCUGUCUAUGACGAAAACGGAGCCAUCAUUCAGCCGCCGCCUCGUGAGCCCCGGGCUGGGAAGAAGAAGAAGCUUAUGGAGAUGAACGAGACGCAAAUUAUCAAGGCGAAACUCGACUCUCCUUCGGGGCCCAAGCUGCGCAAGAAGCAAGCCUCGGAGCCAACAAUGACCCUCCACACGAAGGCAGCCACGGAUGACAUAUAUGAUAUUUUCAAUGCGCCGCUCAAGCCGGUCGGCCAUGAAGAGGAGAGCGCUGACGAGGACGACUACGAGACUGAUGGGGAUUACACAACUGACGCCGAGAGCACGGGCACCACGAGGCACGUUGACAACGCCGAAGACGAGGCAUCUGAUGCCAAGAGCGUGAGCGAAUGGUCCGAGUUCUCAACUCGUAGACAUAUCCCGGACAUUGGCGCCCACGCCAACGAGGGCGAAGAAGGAGAGGACGACACACACGUGUCCAGACCCCACGACGAAGGCAAGCCUAAGGAAGACUAUGACCAAAUGGACCGAGUCACAUCUCAAGAGGACGCCGACGUCGAGACGCCUGACGACGAAGCGUCCCCUCCUCGAACCCGUACCGUCUUCGUCCCAGUUCCACCCGAAGAUUAUGAUCCCCCCACGCGACCGUAUAGGGACCCGGUCGAGGCGGCCAAUAAUCGACUACCGUUCAUGACGCCGAUCACAGAGAGGACAGAGGUGUCUCUGGACGUGGAUGCCGACGACGAUUCGCGCUUCAAGACGCCGUGCAAAGGCGACGAUGCUUCGCCCGCUGUGCGCGAACCCCUGGAUCUGGAACCGCUCAGCAGCCCCUUGCGGGAUGCUGAGUUUGACGAGCCUCCGAUUCCCAAGAUUCCCGCUUCUCUGAAGCCAAAAGCUGCGGCUCCGCCCUUCAAGACUUCAGCCAAACCUCUCAUGCCCAAGGGCCCCAUCAUCAAAGAACAGCAGUGCAACCCCGUGGAUGAAUUGAUCCGCCUGGAGAUCUUGGACAAGAUACAGCCGCCGCUAGCCUCGUACGCCGGUUUCCACGACCACCGUGAGGAAAAGUAUGAGCACGGGGGCGAGAUCCGUAAGUUCGCCAAAGCUCUGACAAGAGCUAGCAGAGGCAGUGCGGAUAAGACCACCCCGGUCCCAGAGCCUGUCGUCAUCGAUCUGCCGGGCACGAGGAGCGUGUACACGGUCAAGCGGGAGUUGGGUGCAGGGGCGUUCGCACCAGUGUACCUGGUUGAGAACUCGGCGCCCCACGAACAAGACGAUGACGAGAAUUGCGUUGUGGCCAUGGGCAAGGGCACGUUUGCCGUGAAUCAUCGCGGCGAGCUCGAGGCCCUCAAGAUGGAGGCGCCCCCUUCGGCCUGGGAGUUCCAUAUGAUGCGCGUGGCGCAUACUCGCUUGGGCCCGCAGCAUCGAGCCAGCGCCAGUCUCUCUUACGCACACGAGAUGCAUCUUUACCGCGACGAGGCCUUUCUCUUCCUGCCAUAUCAUCCGGACGGUACCCUGUUGGACGUGGUCAACCUCUUCCGCGCGGAGCCCUCGGGCGUCAUGGACGAGCAGCUGGCCAUGUUCUUCACCAUCGAGCUCCUGAGGACUGUGGAGUCUCUGCACGCCAAGGGCGUGCUCCACGGCGAUCUGAAGCCCGACAACUGCCUGCUGCGGCUGGGCUCGGCGGCGGCGGACCAAGCCCUGGCCACGCAGUGGAGGGCGGACGGCGGCGGCGGCUGGUCGUCGAGGGGCGUCGUCCUCAUCGACUUUGGCCGCAGCAUCGACAUGAAGGCGUUCGCGCCCGACGUGGAGUUCAUCGCCGACUGGAAGACGUCGUCGCAGGACUGCGCCGAGAUGCGCGAGGGCCGCCCCUGGACGUGGCAGAUUGACUACCACGGCCUCGCGGGCAUCGUGCACUGCCUCCUCUUCGGCAAGUACAUCGAGACGGCGCGCUGCGACCAGGGCGGCCUGGGCAGGACGGGCCGCAAGUACAGGAUCCGCGAGAGCCUCAAGCGCUACUGGCAGACGGACCUCUGGGCGGACUGCUUCGACGUGCUCCUCAACCCGGGGUCGCACCUCGAGGCCGAGGACGCGGGCAGGAUGCCCGUGCUCCGGUCCAUGCGGGCCGUGCGCGAGCGCAUAGAGUCGUGGCUCGAGGCCAACUGCGAGAGGGGCGUGGGCCUGCGCUCCCUCGUGGGCAGGCUCGAGGCGAAUGCGAGGAGCCGCAAGUGAGCUCGAGGUGAAUUUCACUCCGUUUUUCUGUUUGUUUGUUUGUUUGUUGGUGUCUUUGUUCAUAGCCGCCCUCUGUAUAUGACGACGUCGAUGAUGCAUAGGGUCUGGACCGUGGUUUGGAUGUUGAGAAAGCCGGGGCGCGCGCAUUUCGUAAUCUUUCUUGUUUUGUGGCCAAGGACCGUUUCGGAUCGAGGCUGGAUGGGACGAGCUGAAAAGUGCAUCUGGCUAUUAUUGGACGGCAUUUGCGAUGAAUACCCUGAGCUGCUUUUGUGUGUCGUAUGCUAUUAUACAAUGGAUUUUGCCAUGCCUUUGAA